GGAAAAAAGGUGUUACCCGUGUCAUUUUCUAUGCAAAGAACACUUGAACAUCGCGAUUUCCUUCUUCUUCCACUGAGGGAAGCAUUAAACAACCUGAAGUCUGCAUUCUCGCUUUCUUCUUAAUUAAGGCUCAGAGGGCAGAACGUUAUUAACAAGUGACUGGUAAGAUACUGUUCCGCUCAGUUCUAGUAAAGAGGAUAGUUAUAGUAAAAAAAGAAAAGAACAAAGAAAAAAAGAAAAUUGCUGCACUAAAAGAAUCUUCGUCUUUCAGGUACAUUGAUAUACAAUUUUAAGGAAAAGUGUACAUAGAAAAGUACAUGAAUAAAGACAAAUAUAAACAUACACUGAAAAAAGUGAAGCAUUAUAAAACACGAAUAAUAAUUAACUGGGGUUGAGGCUUGAGUGAAUACAGGAAUGGGGUCAGUUACAUCUGCGUUGACCAAGUCUAAGAACACGGUGGUUCAAGUCAAAUCGGAACCAGAAACGCUUCGGGGGAAGAAACGGAGUACCACCAUAAGCCGAACGAACGUGUUUUCUUCACAAAGAUCCAGACAGAGUACAGGCAAAGAUCACAGAAGACAGUCGCUAUCCGAGGUACUGAAAAGGCAGGAUAGUACAGACAGUUCUGAAGGCAGGAAAUCAGCUCUCCAAAGCAGCACCGGUGUUGCAAAUGAAACAGGAGAAACAAAUGCACGACCCCUUGCCAGAUUUGCACGUUCCAAGUCCCAAAAUACUCUGUGGAAUGCCAUCACUGCAGGGACCCGGAUCAAGGACAAAGAGAAGAGGGGGAUUGUCAUUGACCCCCGAAACCCAGAUGAAAUCCUUGCAGAUGAGCUUCCCUCUGUGGACAGUGCAGAUGCCAUGGAGAAGACGGCUAUCAGGAGGAAGUACAAGAAAACAUCCCAGAGGUUACGGUGUUUGGUGAAGCAGUUGGAACGAGGAGAAGCUUCAGUUGUAGACCUUAAGAAGAACUUGGAGUAUGCAGCUUCAGUACUUGAGUCUGUAUACAUUGAGGAGACCAGACGCCUUGUGGAUGCAGAAGAUGAGCUCAGUGAUAUCCAGUCUGACUCUGUGCCAUCAGAGGUGCGAGAUUGGCUUGCUUCCACUUUUACCAGACAAAUGGGGUUGAUGCUCAAGAGAACGGAGGAGAAGCCAAGAUUCAGAAGCAUUGUUCAUGCUGUUCAGGCUGGAAUAUUUGUAGAAAGAAUGUACAGAAGGACAUCAAACAUGGUUGGACUAAGCUACCCGCCAUCUGUGAUUGCAGUGCUAAAGAAUGUAGACAAGUGGUCUUUUGAUGUAUUUGCACUAAAUGAUGCAAGUGGAGAACAUGCACUAAAGUUCAUUUUUUAUGAACUUCUCACAAGAUAUGACUUAAUCAGCCGUUUUAAGAUUCCCAUUUCUGCUCUUGUAUCCUUUGUUGAAGCCCUUGAAGUUGGAUACAGUAAGCAUAAAAAUCCAUAUCACAAUCUUAUGCAUGCGGCAGAUGUUACCCAGACCGUGCAUUACCUCCUAUUAAAGACUGGAAUGGUGCACUGGCUGACUGAGCUGGAGAUCUUAGCUAUGAUUUUUGCUGCUGCUGUCCAUGACUAUGAACACACUGGGACUACAAACAACUUUCAUAUUCAGACCAGAUCGGACUCAGCUAUUCUAUAUAAUGACAGAGCAGUGCUAGAAAAUCACCAUGUAAGUGCGGCUUACCGCCUCCUGCAGGAUGACGAGGAGAUGAACAUCUUCUAUAAUCUGUCAAAGGAUGACUGGCGAGAACUGAGGGCUCUGGUGGUGGAGAUGGUCCUGGCUACAGACAUGUCCUGUCACUUUCAGCAAAUCAAGGCAAUGAAGAACUCCUUACAGCAACCUGAAGGGAUUGACAAGCCUAAAGCCUUAUCUCUGUUGUUACACACUGCUGAUAUCAGUCAUCCUGCGAAAAACUGGGACCUCCACCAUCGUUGGACCAUGUCACUGCUUGAGGAGUUCUUUAGACAGGGAGAUAAAGAAGCAGAACUUGGGCUACCCUUCUCUCCUCUUUGUGAUCGAAAGUCCACCAUGGUGGCUCAGUCUCAAAUAGGUUUCAUUGAUUUUAUUGUGGAACCCACAUUCACUGUGCUUACUGACAUGACCGAGAAGGCUGUCACCCCUCUCAUUGAUGAAGCCUCUCGCUCUGGCCUUGCAGGAUUCCGACGUUCCAGUUUGAACAGUAUUACCCCUUCAGAUGUUAAAAGAACCAGUGUGAAAAACCCUGGGUCAGAAGGAAGUGCCUCACUUAACUGCUCCCUACUCACUGUGGAUUUCAAAAAUUUUAAAGCUAACUGGAAUGAAACUGUGCAACAGAACAGAGAGAAAUGGAAGACACAGGCAACCAAAGAUGCAGAAGAAAAAGCUAGAAGAGAGGCAGAGGAGAAAGUCCGACAGGAGGCAGAAGAGAAGGAAGAACGAGAUAAAGCUGGGAUAGGGCUGCAGGAACAGGGACCAGAACAAAGCACUGAAAAGAGUGCUGAUGAUUCAGAGAAAAGUAAUGUUAAUGACACUCAAGGACACUGCACUUCAACCCAUUCAGAACCCAAGGAGAAAGAAAGUGACAUGGUAUCAGGCAAAGAAGCAGAAAACACAGAAGUUCAAAAUGGGGAAAGGAAAGAUGAAAGUAACUCAUCUGAACAGGAUCAGUCAAAUGAAGAAAAUGAAAAAAAGAACACAGAUGAUUCCAAAGGGGAGAAGAAGAAUGACUUUGAUUCUGAUGCGUCUGCUUCUGCUGAUGCAAACUAACCCCAUCCUUUUAGCUGAGGUUCUCCAUUCUUCAACAAGAACUGCUUUCCAGGGAAGGGCUUUGUACAGUGAUCCAGUACUCUUCCCACAGGACAUGUAUACUUAUUUUUUUCUUUGUUUUCCAUUUCCUAAUCCAAUGACUGAGCUUUUUGCACAGACAAAGAGAAUUUUGACUCAUUACCGCUUCCUAAAAACUGUGGAACUACAGAUCUGCACGAGAACUGACCAGUCUAACUCUUUCUCACACAGCACUCAAUUGCAAAGUAAUCCAAACCCUGGCCCACGCAAACUUAGGUAAUCCUUCGUGUGUAGAAAGAUCCCUCGACCAGGAACAAAGGCAGGAGCGCCACAGCUAUUGUCCACGUGAGAAGCACUUAGAACAAUCCAUUGAAAUAAGAAAGAUGUGGAAUCCUCCAGUAGAAUUGGCAUGAAGACUGUUUUGAACACUGAUGUGAAAUUGAGUAAUGCAGUGUCACAAAG